CGAUUUUCAUCACAUCCAGUUUAUCAUGUAGUACAAUCCAAAAAUUCUACCAAUUCUCUCAAGAAAACUUCAGUGCCUGUACCCCCAAUCCCAGUGAAUAAUCCCCAUUUUGAAAACACCAUUCAACUUGCAAUAAUUAUCGUGAAAAAAGCGGUGAAAAAAAAAAGAAAAGAAAUAUAACUUCUGACGUGUCGGAGAAAACCGGACGCCCUAGAGACAGUAAAAGCAUCAAGCGAAGUUAUAAAAUGGUCAAAAAAAGAGAGGAGAGAACUAAUACCACGGUCAUACACAAAAAGAAAUUGAACCUCAAAAUAAACGAAUGAAUACGGGACAAUUUAAUGCAUUCAACCUUUAAACUCACUCAAAUCCCCUCCAAUUAACCCCGAAGUGAUUAUUCAAUAAUUUCCACAUCCUCAAGACACCAAAGAAGAUUCACAUGACAAUUAAUUUCACAUAAAACAUGGAUGAAAAAAUAUCUAAAUUAGAAUUUAGCCGUCGUUUAUAAAAAAAAAUGCUAAAAUUCUCGAAGAUUGGUUUUAAAAAAUAGUGAAAUUGUUUCAUGCAAAUUGGUAAUAUGUGGAAGUGAACGCCCAGGUGAAAUGUCGACAUGAAGUCACCUGCAUUUACCCUAAAAGAGGGAGAUUGAAGGGGUCUAAGAUGGCGGGCUCCUUAACGUGGUCAUGCACUUGUUGUUUGAGAUUCAAAUUCAGUCCUGAGGAGAUUGAACAGAGGUACAAGAGCCAGGAGAUUGAUAGGAUGCUUGAGAAGGAUAGACAGGCAUUCAGGAGACAGGUCAAGCUACUGUUACUCGGUGCUGGUGAAAGUGGUAAAUCAACGUUUCUCAAACAGAUGCGAAUUAUUCAUGGUAUCAAGUUUGAACCGGAGUUGGUCAAAGAAUAUCAGCAUGUCAUAUACCAGAACAUAAUAAAAGGUAUGAAAGUGCUGGUUGAUGCACGUGACAAGCUGAAUAUACCAUGGGAAAAUCCAAAGAAUUACGACAUCGGGUAUCAGCUACUGAAGUUUGAAAAUACAAUCAUACUGGAUGCAAGAUUAUUUCUGCAUUAUGUCCCCUCAUUGGAGAGUUUGUGGCGCGAUGCGUCCAUCAGGAAGGCAUUCGACCGGAGAAGAGAGUUCCAACUGAGCGACUCUGUGCAGUAUUUUCUUGAUCAUUUGGACCGAAUUGCAAGAGUGGAAUAUGUGCCAACCCAUCAAGAUAUAUUACAUUGCAGGAAGGCAACGAAAGGAAUUUCUGAAUUUGUUAUUCCAAUAAAUAAUAUACCAUUUUUGUUUGUCGAUGUUGGAGGACAACGAUCGCAGAGGCAAAAGUGGUAUCAAUGUUUCGACUGUGUUACAUCGAUUCUUUUUCUCGUUUCAUCAUCAGAGUUCGAUCAAGUUUUAUUGGAAGACAGGAGAACUAACAGACUUGAAGAAUCGAGAAACAUCUUCGACACGAUAGUGAACAACAUGAUAUUCGGUGGUGUAUCCAUAAUUCUUUUCCUCAACAAAACUGAUUUACUUGAGAAGAAAGUCAAAUCGUCAGACACUAAUGUAAGUUGGUAUUUCCCCCAAUUUAACGGCGAUUCACAUUCCAUUAAAGACGUACAGAGCUUUAUACUCAAUAUGUUUAUAUCUGUUAAACGUGAUCCACGUAAAUCUCUAUUUCAUCAUUUUACAACAGCUGUUGAUACUGAGAAUAUUAAAGUUGUGUUCAAUGCUGUUAAAGAUACCAUUUUACACAGAAAUUUGGAGUCACUCAUGUUACAAUGAAUCCGAAUCACGUCAAAUAUGAGAAAAAGAAAUAUAUUAUUUUGUUAGGUGGAGGGGGAAAAUGUUGAAAGAUUCAAAUUUCGUACAGAAAAUUAAUUUUUCCCUUCAUUCCACUUAAUUUGUGAGUACUUGAAUAUGCGGAAUUUUCUACAUAAAUUGUUACAAUAUUGAGUGUCGAAAAUUUUUUGCUGAAUCAAACAUCCGAGGAACAAAUACAGCUAAAAUGCGAAAUAAAAUAUAUAUCUAAAUAAUUCCCUGUGCCCAGAUUUUAUACAUAAUCUGGUUAGUUUUAUAAUUACUGAACAAACAAGAGCAACAACUGCCGGAUCGUUUUUUCAUACUCGCGACUUUUUUCGCGUAUAUGCGUGUAAAAUCGAUAAUUCAUCUAGUGAAGUAAAGAAAGGAACUGAAUAACGAAUUUUCGAUCGAUUACUCUGUAAAAGCGUAACAACGAUAUAGCAUUUUCUGGACAAAAUGACCUAGUACACACAAUGGAGACCCUUCAUUUUUUGAUGCAAUAUUUUGUCUUAAGAUUUGGCCUACAGGAAUUAUAAUUCUCACAUUCUUAUUACACUAGAUAAAACAAAAUCUACCAGUCCGGGCCUGAGUUUUAUGAAUUUCGUUUCUUUUUCUGAAAUUGCACAACUUUAAAUCAUACGUGCCCAAUUACACACCAUAAAUUAUAUAUUUACAAGCUCGAAUGAAUAUGAUCGGCAAUGAUGAUAUUUACCAACAUUUUUCAUUAUUUUCCGAAGAGUCGAGCUGGAGUGGCGAAAUGAUUAUUUCCCCAAUAUUCUUAAAUGAAAAUCCUUAUUGGACUGCGUGGAUUCAAAUUUUUAUUGACAAGCUUUUAAUGCAAAACAUUACAUGUGUAAUAAAAUGAAGGGACUCUAUUGUGUGUAAUGAGUUAUUUUGUCAAGAAAAGUUGUAUCGGUGUUAAGGUGUUUCGUGCGAAAAAGGUAAAUAAUUGCAUUCAUCUUGGAAUUCAUAUAGAAUGUUC